CAAAUCUUUUCUGUUUCUUUCUCUCUCACUGCCUCUGUCCAGGACAAGGAAUAGUAAAACCAGAGCGCCCUAGAUUUGCUCUUCUCUGAGUCCGAAGUAAGAGAGAGAAACAACGCUAACGCAAUGGCUUUCGCUUCUUUUCUCGGCAGAGUCCUCUUCGCUUCCAUUUUCAUUCUCUCUGCUUACCAAGAAUUUAAUGAAUUUGGAGCUGAUGGGGGACCUGCCGCAAAAUCACUCAGACCAAAGUUUGAUGCCUUUACUCAUCGAGUGCAUUCUCAAGUUGGCUUUCAAAUUCCAGAGAUUGAGAUGAAAUUUUUAAUUGCUGGGGCUGUUACUCUGAAGGGCGUUGGAGGGAUUCUUUUCAUAUUUGGCAGCUCUUUGGGAGCUUUCCUUCUGCUCCUGCAUCAGAUGAUUGCCACUCCAAUCCAUUAUGAUUUUUACAAUUAUGAGAGUGAGGACAAAGAAUUUACUCAACUUUUCAUCAAAUUUACCCAGAAUAUGGCUCUUUUUGGGGCUCUGUUGUUUUUCAUUGGGAUGAAAAACUCAAUCCCCAAAAGGCAACCCAAGAAGGCUCCAAAAACGAAAACCUAUUAGUAGCAGCAUUGGGAUUUGGAGGGCCCUUUCAAGGAAUGCAGGUUGUUUCUCGGUUCUUCAAUCUACCAGGAUUUGGCUUGGGUACUCUGAUUCAGAAUCAAUCUUCCACAGUUUGAGUUUUGUAGUUUUGGCUUCACUCGGAUUAAAUUACUGGCUAUUAUUAUUUUAAUAUGAUCUGUUAGCACGGAGUUAGGAACUAUCUUUCAUUUCAAUUGCUAAACUUGUCUGUCAAAGGGGAAAACCAAAGGAUCAGAAGAAGCCUUUGCGCUUAAACUUCAGAGUACCGAUUUCAUUCUGUUCUAUCUUCGUGUAAGAUCUUCAAAGUCUGGCACGUGAAGUUACUAUUUAACUUUACUGAGGUUCUCCUGGAUUUGUGUUCCCCUUUUGCACCUUUUUAUUCUUUAUUUUUGUUUUUA